UUCCGGGAAAACAAGGAUCACAAAUCCCAACCCCAGACCCAUUAAUUUAUCGUCCAAAAUCAAACCCAAUUUGAUAUUCUUGCUGGUUUUCCACCACUACACCGUCACUAGUAAUUAUAUUUGUCGAUAAGGUGUUAUCAAGUGGUGUAAAUAUGGCACAUCUCCUGAGUAAAACAGUUCCGGCAUUAACGCGUAUGCUGAACCCUCAAGCAGUAUUACAGGAGUCGAAACGAUUCUUGAAUGUUCACGAAUAUGUAAGUUACACUAUUCUUAAGAACAAUGGGAUCCCAGUUCCCAAAUUCGGAGUGGCGAAAUCGGGUCCUGAAGCGGCAAAAAUCGCGAAAGACCUUGGAACCAAAGAUUUAGUUAUUAAGGCCCAAGUGUUGACCGGGGGAAGAGGAAAGGGACACUUCAAAGGCGGCUUGAAGGGUGGAGUCAAGCUAGUUUAUUCUCCAGAGGAAGCAGGAGACCUUUCUUCACAAAUGAUUGGGGACUACUUGAUUACAAAGCAAACCGGCGAAGCAGGAAGAAUCUGUAACAUGGUCAUGAUUACGGAGAGAAAGUACCCAAGAAAAGAGUACUAUUUCUGCAUCAUGAUGGAAAGAGCGUUUGGGGGCCCAGUCAUAAUCGCAUCGUCUCAGGGAGGAGUUAACAUUGAAGAUGUAGCAGCGGAAAACCCUGACGCCAUUCUCAAAAUACCAAUUGAUGUUGUUGAAGGCUUAAGUGCUGCCAAAGCUCUUGAUGUUGCACAAAAGCUUGGUUUUGGAGAUCGGGCAAAAGAAAUUUCAGAAAUGUUCUUAAAAGUGUACCAACUGUUUGUGAAAUCAGAUGCCCUCAUGGUCGAGUUGAAUCCCUUAGCCGAAGACUCAAAUGGAGAAUUUAUCAGUUUGGAUGCUAAAAUCAGAUUUGACGACAACGCUGACUUUCGACAGAAAGAAAUAUUCUCGUUCAGAGAUUGGGCUCAAGAAGACGAAAAAGAAGUAGAAGCUGCGAAGCAUAAUUUGAAUUAUAUUGCUCUUGAUGGGGAUAUUGGAUGUCUCGUAAAUGGGGCAGGCUUGGCCAUGGCCACGAUGGACAUCAUCAAACUUCAUGGUGGUGCACCUGCCAACUUUCUCGACGUUGGAGGUGGUGCUACCGCUGCCCAAGUGAAAGAAGCCUUCAAAAUUAUUACUGCCGAUCCUAAGGUUCAUGCCAUUAUGGUCAACAUUUUUGGAGGCAUUAUGAGAUGCGAUGUUAUUGCAGAAGGAAUUAUCGCAGCCGCAAAAGAACUUAACCUGAAAACACCCAUUAUUGCCAGACUCCAGGGAACCAACGUAGACGAUGCAAAAGUGCUUAUUGCUAGCUCGGGUCUAAAGAUUUUAGCCUGUGACAACUUGGAUGAGGCCGCACGUCUUGCCGUAAAAUUGUCCGGAAUCGUAAAGUUGGCUCGAUCUGCUAAAGUUGACAUCAACUUUGAGAUACCUAUUUAAAGGAUAUUUUACUCAGUUCCCAUUGGACAAAAUUCAAACUUUAGUCUCAUAAAUGUAUAACAGUAGCGCUAAUGGAAUGUAACACGAAAUAAUUUAUAGUGAGUGUUAUAUUAUGUCCAUAUUAUUUCGCACCCUCUCGUCCAGCCAACUUCUAAUCGUUAUGUAAUAAUAUCAUCAUUUAUGUUGUCCUGUACCUGAACCUUAUUUUGUCCCCAUUGGCUUUAUAAAAUCCGGUUAAAAAAUGUAGUAGACGAAUUAUAUAUCCUCUCAUUGACACAGCCAUGCAACGUUAAUAAAAAUUACUGUCACCUUAA